AUAUGUCCAGCCGUUCUUCCGAUUCGGUUUCUUGUCCACCUCCUCCUCCUCCUCCUCGUCGAGGUCGGCCUCCACCAAGCCACCACCAUCAUUUGACCGCGGGAGAGAAUUCUAUCCUCCUCACUACCCAACGUCUAAUCCAUGUCGCUCCUUUCCUCCUCUCGGGCUCUCGCUCGUCAUGCACCACUGCUUCCUCCAGAGCUAGUAAUAGCCUGUCUGCACACGUCAGCGGCAGCUUCUGCCUAUUCGAGUGCUGCACCCUCUCGCACUCGGCUCGCCAAGACACUGAAACCUCGCGGAAGUGGCCAACUCGUCGUCGCGCCCGAGAGGAAGCCUGAGAGGAAGCCUGAGCGAGAUGCCGUACCCCACUCCGCGCCUGGCGUACGCGACAUGUUCCAGGCACGGAAAGAGGCAAAUGAGAAGUAUAAGGCGUGGAACACGCGGCGGAGGGAACGGGAGGAGAGGUAUGAGGCGAAGGCUCCGCGCGACGGCAGGAGAGGUGACUCUCGACGGUCGACCACGACGGGCUGGGCGCAGUCGAGCAAGAACUUCCGCGGAGAGAAGGCUCCAGCGAGAGACGUUGCGGACCAUGGCCCGCCCUGGCGCAUGCGGAGGGACGCAACGGCGGAGACGGACAAAACAGCGAACUACGGGCAGGGGAGGGCUACGGAGUGGUCGAGAGACACGGAGGCCCCGCGUAAGCCCCGUGUGCACAACCCGCUGAGCGACGAGUUCGACAGGACAUCGCGGGCGGCGUCGACCCUCCAGCUGCCUGCAAAGUUCGCGUCGCCGCCGCUCAUGGAAGGCUUCUUGACCUCGGUGGUGGACGUACUCGGCCCGCACGCACAGCCGACGCCCAUCCAAGCAUUGUCACUCAAGCACCUCUUCAAGCGACCGCUGCCGGAUUCAUCCGCGCCGCUCAGCGAAGAGGACGUCGAGUACGUACAGUGCCUCCUCGCAUCCGAGACGGGGUCCGGCAAGUCGAUGGCGUACCUCCUCCCGAUGCUGCAGGACCUCAAGAUAUCCGAAAUGCAAUCCGACCCCGCCUCGCUUCCCCCGUCACAAUUUGCGCUAGCCCCGCGUGCUCUCGUCCUCGCGCCGACACACGAACUUUCUAGGCAGCUCUCUGGUUUCGCAAAGGCCCUCCUCCAUGAGGUGAAGCUCCGCGUGCUGUGCGUCUCGCAGGCCAAUAAUCCGAGCACCCCUGCGCGCACGGUGUCCGCGUCGAAGAUGUCGAAGGAGAUGGACUUUGACGAGCUUGUGCUGCAGGAGGGUACGCAGCGGAAAAUAACCAGGCCUGUGGAUGUGGUCGUCGGCACACCAUCCAAGAUCCUUGAACUGGUCAAGGGGCGCAGCUGGGAUCGUGAACAGCCGAACAUCGAGGAUACGUGGGACAAGAACGCGCCGAAGCCACGCGCAUUCACUGUCGGCAAGCCGGAGAUGGGCCUCGACCGUAUUGAGUGGGUCGUGGUUGACGAGGCGGACGUUCUCUUCGACCCUGACUUCCAGGAGCACACGAAGAUGAUCCUCUCUGCCAUCGCUGAGGCUCGCGGUCAGGCCCCGGAGCAGCUCGACGAAGCAGCGCUAUCAAAAGUCGGCCCCGAGAACCCCGCGCCCAUCAAUUACCCGUUCAACCUGCUCCUCAGUACGGCGACCAUCCCGUCCGCCCUCGCCUGGUACCUCGACACGUACCACCCGGCGCUCUUGCGGCUCGCAUCGCCGCACCUGCACCACCUCCCGAAGUCGCUCAAGACGGUGUACGUCGCAUGGUCGGGCGGGAACCGCAACGCGGACGUCGAGCGGCAGCUCCGCUAUGUGUGGCAGGAGGACGUGCUCCGCGACACUGGGGACAAGUCCAACGGGGACAAGUCUAGCGGGGGCAAGUCGAAGGUGCUGAUAUUCUGCAACAGGAGCACGAAGGUGGAGGACCUCGGGCGGCACCUCGAGGCGAAGGGCAUCGCGAAUGUCGCGCUGACGAGCACGAGCGAGGCGAGGAAGUGGGGGUCUAACCACCACCUCGAUGGGUUCCUGAAGGACAAGACCCGCCACGUCGAGGAGGCCCCUGCAGCUGUAUCGGACGGCGAGGCUUCAGCGCCAGCGGCACCCGCCCCGGCCCCGGCCCCGACGGACCUGAGCAAGGUCCCGCAUGUGAUGAUCACGACGUCGUUGCUCUCGCGCGGGCUCGACUUCUCGCCCGACCUGAAGCACGUAUUCAUCGUCGACGAGCCGCGGAACAUGAUCGACUUCCUCCACCGCGCCGGCCGCUCGGGGCGCGCGGGCGAGCAAGGCAAGGUCAUCAUCUUUGGAAAGACGAAGGGGCGGGGAUCAGCGAAGGCAAAGGAUAUGAGGAAGAAGGUCGGCGCGUUGGCUACUAGACCACGACAGGCGUCGACAUGAUCUAUAGUAUCAAGUAUAUUGCUAGUAUAUCAGUGCUAAUCUUACAUGACACCCACACCUCACAAUUCAACGUACAGC